ACUUUGUGAAAUCAAGUUGCUGUACACAGCCAGAUGAUGGAGAGUGAACAAGGUAAUUAUGAAGAAAUUGCUUAUGCUGGUGAAAACAGUAAGCCAAUGGAAGGAGUCUUCCAUAACCAUUUAGAGGAGAAGGUUCGUCCUUUAAUUGAUCUGAUUGACUCCUUGAGACUAAUUGGUAUUGAAGAAGAUUUGGCUUUGCCAACUAUAGCUGUAGUUGGAGAUCAGAGUUCUGGAAAAAGCUCUGUGUUGGAAGCACUAUCUGGGGUGGCAUUACCCAGAGGAAGUGGUAUUGUGACAAGAUGUCCACUGGAGCUAAAGCUGAGGAAGAUUAAAUGUGGUGUUCAGUGGCAAGCCGUAAUAUCUUACAAUGAGCAGUUCAUUGAGUUUGAUGACCCAUCACUGGUUGAGGGUUACGUUGAGGCAGCCCAGAAUGAGCUGGCUGGAGAAGGUGUUGGAAUUUGUGAUGAACUCAUCACUCUGGAGAUCAUGGCUCCUGAUGUGUGUGACCUCACACUGAUUGAUCUCCCUGGGAUUGCCCGAGUUCCUGUAAAAGGACAACCUGAAGACAUUGGACAUCAGAUCAAAAAUCUCAUACGAAAAUAUAUAGAGAAGGAUCAAACUAUAAAUCUGGUUGUGGUCCCAUGUAAUGUCGACAUAGCAACAACAGAAGCUCUGAAAAUGGCACAGGAAGUGGAUCCUGAAGGGAAAAGGACAUUGGCUAUUCUUACAAAGCCAGACCUUAUAGACAAAGGAACAGAGAAGAAUGUAUUGGAAAUAGUCCGAAAUCAAGUCAUUCCCUUAAGCAAAGGAUAUGUCAUUGUUAAAUGCCGUGGCCAAAAGCAAAUUAAUGAUAAGAUCUCUCUGUCGGAGGCCACUCAAGUAGAGAGGGAAUUCUUCAGACGUCAUGAAUACUUCAGUUGCCUGUUGUAUGAGGAGAAAGCAACUAUUCAGUGUCUUGCCACCAAACUGACUCAAGACCUGGUUGAUCACAUCAAAAAAUCAUUACCUCUGAUCUCAGAGGAAAUAAAGAAGCAGCUGUGGAGCUUGAGAAAAGAGCUGAGUCAGUGUGAAGCUGGCCCACCACUGGACCCACACAAGAGGAAGAUCUUUUUUAUUGAUACCUUGACUAAAUUUAAUGAUAAGAUCAACCGCUUGGCAUCUGGAGAAGUGGUCAACAACGACAACUUGUUUGUAUUGCUUCGGUUUGAAUUCAAACAGUGGAAAGACCAUCUUGACAACACAAAGGCAUCAUUCCACAAAACGGUCCAGGAUGUGGUGAAUGAAUAUGACUUGAAGCACAGAGGACGAGAGCUACCUGGUUUCAGUGACUACAAAGUGUUUGAAAUGGUGGUGCAGAAGCUGGUGAUCCAGCUAACAGGACCAGCCAUUGACACACUCAGAGUCAUCAGAGACACCAUUCAGAAACAGUUUUCAGACGUGUCCAAAACCUGCUUCCUCAGCUACCCUUUCCUCCAGUGUGUUGCAACGAACAAGAUAGACAACAUUCAGUCAAAGCAGGAAGCCAAGGUGGAGCAGAGGAUCUUUGAACAGUUCGAGAUGGAGCAACUCGUUUACACUCAAGAUGGCAUCUACUUCAAUACCUUGAAUGAGACUCACUCUACUGAGGGACAAAAGGCUUCAGAAGACAACUUUGCUGGGUUUGACAGCAGAAACAAAUAUCCUGAAAUGCUGCGGGCUUAUUAUGAGAUCGUGGUGCAGCGCUUGGCUGACCAGGUGCCCAUGCUGAUCAGAUAUUUCAUGCUUAAGGAAUCUGCUCAGCUGCUGUGCAGGGAGAUGCUGGGUUUAAUGGAUGGUGCCAACGUGGCUGAUGCUUUGCGUGAAGAGUCAGAUGUCAGCAGACACCGCAUUGACAUACAGAACCGCACAGACCGUCUUACACUUGCUCAAGAGAAACUCAGCGGCUUUGUUUGAAUCCAGGGGAUCACCACAUAGCAGGGUUUUACAUCCUGUCUAAUUUAGCACCUGAUUUAACCUAUCAGCUAACUACCUUUGUCUGAAUGUGGUGAAUGCUAAUCUUUGUAGGUUAGUGGCCCUUCAUGACUGACAUCACUGAUCUACACAAACAGCUUUUAUAUUUUACAGAAGAGGCCUUUGUCCAUUCAUCCAUCCAUUAUCUGUACUGCUUAUCUGCCAGGGUCUUGGGGGAAGCUGGAGGCAAACCCAACUGAGUUCGGGCAAAAGGCAGGGUACACCCUGGGCAGGUCGCCAAUCUAUUGCAAGACUAACAGAGACAAACAACCAUUCAAACCUAUCGCCAAUUUAGGGUAGCCAGUUGACCUAAUCCACAGCACCUGGAGAAAAUCCACACAGGCACAGGAAGAACAUGCAAACUCUGCACAGAAGGGCCCCAGUCCCCAAUCAUGGCUGUUCUGAAAAUUAUCAGAAAGAACUUGACAAAAUAGUUGAGUGUUCAGAAAUGUUUUCUGGCUUUUCCUCUUACCUUUAAUGAUGUACUUAUAUGACAAAUAAGAUUUAAUUUAGAAGAAAACUGCUAUGUGGUCUAGGGUGUACCCCACCUCUUGCCCAAUGUUAGCUGGGAUUGGCUCCAGCUCACCCGCAAUGGAUAACACUUAUUGAAAAUGAAUGUACACUGUUCAAAGUGAUGACUUAACUGUGUAGGCCUCAUUUAAUUAAAAAAAAAAAUUCAAAU